AUGAACACCUACAGACUGAGAACAAUGUGGCUGCUCCUGCUUGUGUGCCAGCUUCGCCUGAUUCUGCGGAGUGAGGCCCAGACACCCAGCACUUUUUGCAACAUGACCUCAACAUUCAGACCACCAGUGAACUCGGACAUCACAGUGACCUGUGGUACUGAGGUUAUGGAGUUGAGUAUCUUGUUAUGCCCAGUCUACUUUGGUGGAUACAACGAAACCCUGAUGGCCCUCAACGCACAGUUCAUCCUCCCCGGGUGCCAUGGAAUACCUGACUGGAACAUUGACCCUCCAAUCCUGAAAUUCAAUCUGUCAAUAACUGCUGAUGCUGUGGCUGUCUGCUCCAACACAUUCAGGAUAACCAAUGAAGUUGGUACUGGGUUAUUUUCUGACUUCUCAAAUGUCCAGUUUGUUAAUAUAUCUGGCACCAUCAACUCGCUGGACCCCAGUGCAUCUAUUGUCACCUACCGCCGGCAGAUCAUCUACAUGUUCUCCUGUCGCUACCCUCUGCAGUAUCUGGUCAACAACAGUAAAGUCACAGUAUCGGGUGUGAGUCUUGCAGUGAAGGACAAUGAAGGCAGCUUUGUCAGUACACUGACCAUGUGGCUCUACAGUGACACUGACUACACUCAGCAACUCAUUGUCCCAGAGAAUGGAAUAAAUCUGAAGACCAGAAUCUUUGUGGCCGUGAAAGCCACCAGUCUAACAGAGAGGUUCCACGUUCUGCUUGACCGAUGCUAUGCAACAACAAGUCCCGUUCCCAACAACAGCACCUACUAUGACCUCUUUGUUGGGUGUACACGUGAUAGAAAAACCAGGGUCGAGUUGAACGGAGCGUCUCAGAAUGCACACUUCUCCUUUGAGGCCUUCCGUUUCAUUGAACACAAGAACAUGACCAUCUCCACUUUCUACCUGCACUGUGUCACCCGACUCUGUGAGGUGUCCUCCUGCUCGUCCUUACUGCCCAACUGUGCAGGUUCCUCCAGGAAAAAGAGAGAAGCCCAGGGAGGGUUGGCCAACGACCAGGCCACAGUCUCCUCUGGACUCAUCAAGACCAAAGUGGACGACGGUCUUCCAACAGCUUCAUAA